CUUUAUUUACUUAUUCAUACAUGAAUAUGUGUAUUGGGAUUUUCUGCGUGUAUAAAGAUAGCGCAAACAUCGUAAAUAUCAGUUUUUGUGUUGGGUAGAAACGGGUGUUCGCUUGAUCAACUUUAAUUUAUUUAACUACUUUUUUUCAUUACGACAAUAAUCAAUGGCUUUAUCAUAGUUCAGAUAACAACACAGUGAAGGAUAAUGGCCUCCAACACGGACAGGAAACAACAAAAAAAGAAAGCCAACGAAAAUGAUAUCAGGAAGCUGUUUCAAAAUUUUGACAAAAACAAUGAUGGUGAAGUUUCAAUAAGCGAACUUGUAAUGGGUUUACAAGUACUUGGAAACAACCCUACAAAACCGGAAAUUGAUGCUCUAUUAAAAGAUAUGGGUGUUAAAGCAGGUCAAAAAAUAAAGUUUGACCAAUUUAAAAAGUGCGUUGAAAAAUAUUACGAUUCGGAAGAUCUCGGUCCAGAAGCUGAAAGCGACAGACUAGAUAGGGCCUUCAAAGUAUUUGAUAAAAAUGGAGACGGAUCAAUAGACAGAGAGGAAUUGAAGGUUGUUUUAACAAGCAUUGGUGACAAGAUGACGAAUGAUGAAGUAGAAAGUAUGUUUAGAGAAGCGGAUAAAAAUAACAACGGAAAAAUUGACCUUAAAGAAUUCAAAAGAAUGUUUCUUAAAGGAGUGAGAUAGUGGCGAAGAGACAUAAAUUCAUUGAAUACUGUAGCGAUAUUUCUACUCAAAGAUUAUACUGAUUUGUCUUUCUUCAUUGGCUGUCAAAGUUAAGUUAAAACUUUGGCCUGAUUUACUUUCAACCUGCUUUACUUUUGUAACAGACUUACAUUUAUUUCUUUUUGAUUCUGGAAAUGUGAACGUAUAUUUUCAACAGACCACACAUAGCUAGUAGAAAAAAACAUUGUGUAAAGUAAGUCAAUUUAAACUCUACUGAUUGCAGUUCAAUUAUUUUUCUUUAAGCAAGUUAGAAUAAAAAAGACAUAAAAUUUAAUGAACGUCAUUGUGUGACACUGUGAAGUUUCUCUAUGUAUUUUUAAAUCGAAACUGUGAAGAGAACAAACUAUUGUUAAAAGGCAUCUAAGGCCCGAUUUAUCAGAUUGAUUGAUUGAUUGAUUUAUUUAUUUGUGUGUAGAAAUAUUGUAAGGAUACGUUCUUUUAUAAAGUACUUAUUGCAAAAGCUUGCAAUUGGGGCUAAUGUAAAAGCCCGAGACCAAACGGGUAAGGCAUUUAAGAAUGUGUGUGGAAUCCUGUAUAUAUUUAAGACUGCUUCAAGUAAUAGAAUAAAAGAUAUAACUUUAAACAUGUCCAUUGAUACGGAAUUAUUGACACUGGUGUUUUUGUCUUUACUUCGAACAAAUUACACCGAGGAUGGAAAUAAUAUUAAAUUAUAUCAAAUGAUGUUAUCUCGUACAUAUCUAUAUACAUGUAGAUUAUUGAGAGUGCUUUAUUAUCUAUGUUUACAGCUAUACUUUUGAAUGGGGCAUUAAUAUUUAAGAAUAUUUACAUUUUGAUACAACAAUUAGGAAUUUUUUAUAGAUUUUCAGUAAUGCCGCUAUAUAUUUUUUUACAUCGAGCGUACAAAAAGCAGGGGUUUUCGAGUAACAACCACUGGAAUAUACAAUGCAAGUACAUGUAUAUCUAAAUAUGGUGAAAACUGUUAAGAUGUGUUGUGAUAUGUGCUGAAUAUACUACCCAGUGAAUGUCGUGUUCUUAUAUUUCACAUCUGAUUUACACAUAUACAUUUGAAUUGUAUAUAGAAUACUUUCACAUACACAUUAAAAAAAAACACACACACACAAAAAUAUAUAUUGAUAAUCAUAUUACUUUUAAAAAAUACACAAACAUGUAUAUACAUAUAUUGUAGAUAUUAUAUUUCUUUAUAUCUUUAUAUUAAACGUUUAUAUAUAAUAGACAA